AUGCCGUAUCAACGAUUACCAGAAUGGCUCAAAACAAAAGUUCCUGUAGGUGCUAAUUAUGCUAGAAUAAAGAGUGAUUUGCGUGGAUUAAAUCUUCACACUGUCUGUGAAGAAGCACGAUGUCCAAAUAUUGGUGAUUGUUGGGGCGGUGGUGAACAUAAAACUGCUACAGCAACUAUCAUGCUAAUGGGUAAUGAAUGUACAAGGGGUUGCCGGUUUUGUUCUGUAAAAACAAGCAGAACACCAAAACCAUUAGAUAGUAAUGAACCAGAAAAUGUUGCCGUGGCAAUUUCGAAGUGGGGUUUGGAUUAUGUUGUACUAACUUCAGUUGAUCGUGAUGAUAUUCCUGACGGUGGUUCUGAACAUUUCGCAAAAACUAUUCGAUUGCUCAAAAAGAAGGCACCACACAUUCUCGUAGAAUGUCUUACAGGUGAUUUCCAGGGCGAUCUCGAUUGUGUGGCCAGAGUUGCAAACUCUGGUUUGGAUGUUUAUGCUCACAAUAUAGAAACAGUUGAGUCAUUAACUCCAUACGUUCGAGAUCGUAGAGCUACAUUUAAGCAAAGUUUGAAGGUAUUGGAAUAUGUUAAGAAAAUCAAACCAAGUUUGAUCACAAAAUCUAGUAUAAUGCUUGGAGUUGGUGAAACUGAUCAAGAAGUAAUGGAUGCAAUGAAAGAGUUGCGUAAGAUUGAAGUUGAUUGCGUUACUUUGGGACAAUAUAUGCGUCCCACUAAAAGACAUAUGAAAGUUUAUGAAUAUAUUACGCCAGAAAAAUUUGAAUAUUGGAGAAAAGUAGGAGAUGACUUAGGCUUUUUAUAUACAGCUUCAGGACCUUUAGUCAGAAGUAGUUAUAAGGCAGGGGAAUUUUUUAUUAGCAGUAUUUUGCGAAAAAGGCAACAGGAGCUUGGCGUAGGAUCUGGUAUUGUCGAAUGA